AAAAAAUCCCAUCAAUAUUUUCGACUGCCGACUAAAAUAAAUUCAACACAAAAAAACAAAAACGGGAAAGAUGGGUGCCAAUUUGUUUGGAUAGCAAUGAAAAUUGAAUGAAAGCUGAGGGUAUAUGAGGAGCAGGACAUGCAUAAAUACCCCCCCACAUUCAGCUUUUCCAUUCGACUCAUCGGCCUGACGCAUCCCUUUCGUUUCUCUGUCCAUUUUUCUUUCUAAAAAUAUACAUCCAAUUCCGAAACCCUUUCUCAAUUAUUAUUAUUUCACAGAUUAAACACUGUUUUACAAUGAGAGCUGUAUUAUCACGGCUCACCAUAGCCAUAUUCUCUGUACUACUUUUGAGCUCCACUCUCCACAUUGCUUCUGCAUUCACUGAUGACAAAUUAAACCCAAGUACUGACCACUGGGGGGACCUAAGGGAGGGUGCAGAGCCACAUGCGGGCACAUUGAAGAAGGCUGAAAGGGUAUAGGUCAUUUCAUUCAGACUUCGGUAUUUGCCAAUUGCCAGUCUUCGGUGUGGUUCAGGGAUGACUCAUAGACGCAGACCUGUGUCCACUCUCCACGUGACUUUUACGUAUUUAGUUAUCCUCCCUCCCUUGGCCUGAAAGCGCCACAUAUUUGAUUUUUCUAAUUAUACAUUUCCGACCCAAAAUAAUCGUUCCAAUAUUUGUAUCAGAAAAAUAAUUUAUAUUGUAUUUUGUGAUAUCUAAUUUUUUAACAAAUUAGAAAAUUCGACUUGAAUUAUUAUUAUUUCUUUUGAGACAAAGAGUACAUGUCUAAGUCAAAAGAUAAAAUUUGUCAUCAAAUAACUAGCUAGUCUAACUAUUAUUAUUAUUCUGUUCAUCAACAUUGUAAAACUAUGAACUUUUUUCUUUUUUCUUUUUUGGCAUGUCAUUUGGGUUUUUUUUUUUUUUUUGAGUUGAGAUGUGACGAUUGAUAAUCUUUUCACUAGUUUAUUAAGUAUAAACAGAUUCUGAAAGGAUAACAUUUGUUGAGAUGGUUAAAAUAAACAGAUUCUGAAUUUUCAUUUUUGAGUAAUGAUACACAUCUUGAAAAACACCAAAAUGCAGGAUUAAUGGAGAAUGGCAACUUCGAGUUAGCCCCAAAGAGCUCCGACUUGAAAGGCACAGUAGUACUAAAACAGAACGCAAUCCCAGGUUGGACAGUAACCGGAUUCGUGGAGUACAUAAAAGCAGGACAGAAACAGGGCGACAUGCUCCUCGUCGUCCCCGAAGGCUAUGCCGCCGUGAGGUUAGGCAACGAGGCAUCCAUCAAGCAGAAACUCAAUGUCACCCUGGGAAUGUACUAUUCCAUCACCUUCAGCGCCGCCCGAACCUGCGCUCAAGAAGAACAGCUCAAUGUUUCGGUGGCGCCCGAUUUCGGUGUUCUUCCGAUGCAGACGUUGUAUAGUAGCAAUGGCUGGGAUUCGUAUGCUUGGGCAUUUCAAGCUGAGUAUAAAGAAGUUGAGAUCCUUAUUCAUAAUCCAGGUGUUGAGGAAGAUCCCGCUUGCGGCCCUCUUAUCGAUUCCAUCGCUCUUCGUGCUCUGUAUCCUCCUAAAGCCACUAGAGAAAACUUAGUGAAGAAUCCAAGUUUCGAAGAAGGGCCAUAUGUAUUUCCCAACACAAGUUGGGGUGUACUAAUUCCACCAAACAUUGAGGAUGACCACUCUCCCCUGCCUGCCUGGAUGGUUGAAUCCCUUAAAGCUGUGAAAUACAUCGAUUCGGACCAUUUCUCAGUGCCUCACGGGAAGAGGGCCGUGGAGCUGGUGGCCGGAAAAGAAAGCGCCAUCGCGCAAAUUGUCCGAACCAUUGUGGGAAAGACCUACAUUCUUUCGUUCAAGGUUGGCGACGCCAGCAAUUCCUGCGAAGGAUCCAUGGUUGUCGAGGCCUUCGCGGGCAGUAACACCGUCAAAAUUCCUUACACUUCGAUGGGUAAAGGUGGGUAUAAAUCUGCUGUGCUGAAAUUUGUGGCAACUGCAACAAGAACCCGGAUCAUGUUCUUCAGCACGUAUUACCACACGAGAAGCGACGACAUGGCGUCGCUUUGUGGCCCUGUUAUUGAUGAUGUUAAGCUGUUGAGUGUUCGUAAUCCCCGGAAAUUUGUUUGAUUCAGUUUAGUAUCUUAUGUUUAUGAGAGCUUUUGUAUACUAUAAGAAUAUAUGGGGAAACUUUUCAUCCUGUUUGGUUUUCCAAUCAAGAUGAUAUCUUCUCGUAGGAAAAUACAUAGAGUUUUCAUGAAGCAAUGAUCACAUAAUCUUGCUUUAUUUUGUUUGAGUGAUCAUCAUCACGCUGUACUUAUUAAUCAUUGCAGUCCUGAGUGAAGGAAGAAAGUAUGUGUUAAAAUAACUUGUUCAACUCAUUAAUGUCAGUUUCAUUAUCAUCCAUCAUUUUCUAUGUAGACUGUUCCCAGUAUCUAUAGACGACAAACUCACGGAAA